ACAUCUGCCACGCAAGCAGUUUAAGAUCCCUAUCGAAGGGUGCAAAAAAGAAAAACACGUUUUAAAGGGGACGUGCAUAAAGAUACAUAGUUAGUUGAUAAAUGGAUCAACAAGAAAAUAACGGAUUUGGACCGAUUUUCAAGCCCCGCGGCAAGGCUGUCACUUUCGCUUCAGUAGUGAUAGCCACCAUAUCUGGGGCCCUGCUUGUGUUUGCCUUAUGGGAGAACGAAGACAAGGAAGGAAUUAGCUUUGUGUUCUUUGCAACAGCCCUUCUUAUGCUAAGCGUAAUUGCAGGCGAACUAAUCAGAAGGGUAUCGAUGCUAGCCGAAGAAAUUCGACACAAGCAGACGAGAUAUCGAGGGGAAUGGAGGCGAGUUUUAAAAUCUACUUUCGCGUUUGAAUACAGUUCUUGUAUUCUAGUUGUCGGUACCACUUCCACUCUGUUUGUGUGUUAUGCCAUGUUGCAAAACUAUGAAUCGUUUCUCCGCCUGGAUUAUGCCAUCUUUUUCAUACUGAAUUGUUUUGUGGUACCACAACUGGUUUUCCUCGUUGGUCUCAGAGAGCCGAACACGGUGGAAGCAACCAUGUUGAACGAAAGAGAUAACAAGAAUGUUGCUGACGGCUUUGCUUGGAAUUACUACUUCGGCUACCUGAAGUUGGUUCUUCCCAGGCUUGAAGCUCAGAUUGCAAAAUCGUCCGAGUUUCGUUACAAGAUAACAAAGAAGAAACUUUACAUCUUGGUGCCGAAGACAUGUUAUGUGUAUGAUAAUAUUGCCGACGCAGAUCCCAGGGUUACUUGGGCCGGAGAUCUUACACCGUGUAAAAUCAACAGGGGAGGAAUAAGGGAAAGAAUUUACAAACAAGCAGUUUACCGAGUAGACAUGUCCGAUAAACCAGGAAUGACACGUGAAUACUUCUUCAUUUUGGAGUACGCUUCCAAUCUUAUGUCUUUGUAUGACAUGUCUCUCCACGAAGACGCUCCCUUCAGUCGUCAAGAGCGGGAUGAUCAGGUUGUACUCUUCAUUCGGAAACUGAGAGAAAUUCUUGAAAGUUGCAAAGAAUGCAGAGGAAAGUGUGAAAUAGUUCCCAUUUCAGGAGAUGAAAAAUCCAAGAUAGGAGAUGUUUUGGUUGCAAUACAUAAUGCUACUGAAGUGGAGUCAGAUGAAGCUGACCUUCAGGAUUAGCAAAGUGGAUGAUUGUAACAGCAAGUACCACCAAACAGCUUAAUUUAACAAAUCUGGGGUAGUUCUGGCCCCUUACAACCAAGUUUUGAUAUUGCAGUUCUUCAAUAACUAUACUGUUAGCCUACAGAAGAUCAAUUGUUACAAUAUUCUCAAACAUGAUUGAGUCCAUGUUUGAACACUAAAAGGACAGUGUACAAAUUAUGCUUGUACUUAGAAAGUGUAAUUGGGAAGUUUACACAUCACCAGUGUAAAUAAAAAGUAUACUGCAUUUCUUCAGAUAAGUGCGCGAGCACUUAUUUAAAAUUUCACCUAAAAGGAGGGGCCCUUGUAAGGAGGAGGGAACUUAGUCAAGGGGGUAGUUAUUGAUUUCCUGUUCUGAUUCUGCCAUAGUUGAAGCUUUAAAGGUUGAUAAUAAAGUGACAAUAAAAACAGAUUUUCCAUGAAUCCCUACUACUUAGGAAAGUGAGGGAGGAGGGGGUGCUUGUUUGACAUUAUGGCCAAGGGGGUGGGCACUUACUUGGUAGAUGGCUCUUGUUUGAGGAAAUACGGAAUGUCAUUUGCUUACAAUGCUUCUCAAUAGUGUUAAUUAAUUCAAUAAAUGAAUAUUACCCAAAAUAAAAGUAAUUUGGUUUGUCAGUUUUAGUUAAAAGAAUAUAGUUUCAGCAAGCAGAGAUCAAGCCCUUUGCAUUAAUUUAACCUCACACCGCAAAGUUGUAUAAUUUUGUAUCUAUAAACCAAUAGGAUUCAAAUAUUUUUAAUUGGUAAGCAUUACAAUUGUUAAGUCAAGACCAUCAUUCUAUACUUUUCCUUGACCAAAAAAAGUUGUGGAAAUUCAAAAUUAAGGUUGAAUAAAAACUUAGGGACCAUGUUUCAUUCUUUGAUUGAAAAGCACUCCACAUUUGGGUUACUUAUGGGCAUACAAAAAAAUAUAUGAAUAAAGAACACCUGAGUUUGUCUUUGAUUUAAAUGAAAAAUGGGGUAAAAAUCAGAACCUUUCAAUACUAGCAGAAAACAUUAUCUUUUUCUCUCUAUAAUAAGUGGCCAUUGAUACUACCUUAAACUUUUAGUAAAUUAUGAAGGUGUGAUUGAGGUAAAGAGCUAAUUGACAUAACUAUAAAAAAGAUUCUUGUAAAAAUUUUUAAUUAAGGUAAUCCUAAUACAGAUGUUCAUUGUUGGUAUUGUGCUUUAACCUUUUGAUCCUUUAGAGUGAUUACCAUCUUAUUUCUCCUUACAAUAUCACCCCUCAAUCACACAUUAAGGUCAUGAGAAUAAAGGAAAUGA